AUGGAUUUGAUUCAACAGUACGUAUCUGAUAGUGAUAACGGUGAAACACAAAGUGAUAGCGAGCGAGAAGCCGAAGCAGCCGAAGCAGCCGAUACUGAGGAUUUUGACGAUCAACCAAGCAACUUUUCAUUACCACCUCCUCCACGGAUAUUGAUUUAUCUGCAACAAUAUCAGAAUAUGUUAAGUAAACCACGAGCGUUGCUAUUUACUUUUAUACCAUGGAUGCCAUCGUUGGUGGUGCUACGGAAGCUAGAACUUAUAGUGGAACAAGUCAUUUCCCAAGUGCCGGCUUUAUCAGAAAACUAUAACUUUGUUGUACCAAAUAAAGAUCUUGGACGUUAUCAAAGACAUCAUAUAACCAUUGCCUUGAUAAAUCAAGAACAACAGCAGGAGCCUCUAUAUUUGGACAAUGUAAUUCAAAUGUUGAAAGCAUUGCCAAAACCAAAAGGUGAACCAAGGAAAAAGACUAGAGAUAUUAAUUCUGCCUUGGGGCUUAUCCAAAAUCCCACUAAAUACUCGUUACCAUUGGGAUUCGAGAAUAAACUAACUGUUGAAAAAGGUCGCUUGACAACCAAUUUGUUUUUAACGGCGCAUUUAAAGAUGACUCUGGAGAAUUAUGAAUAUCUCCAAAGCAUACGUGACAUAUUUGUCAAGAAGGUGAAUAUUUCGGGCCCGCCACCGAUAUUUCAAGACUUUGACUCGCCUUUGCAUAUAUCAAUUGCUACUGGUUAUCAGAAAAGGGCAAAAUUGUCCGAUGAGGCAUUGUUGGAAGCUAAUGAAAAGAUUAGCGCACUCGAUAUCGGAAAAACGCUUUGCGAUAUAACCGUUGAUAUAGAUGAGUUGUGUGUCCAAAAGGGGUCUCAUAGAGAUGUGCUCACUUUAAACCUACUAGACCAAUAA